AUGCCGCCCAAAGCUUCUUCGAGCAGCAAAUCGGCUUCGGCCACGGCCACGCCAGCCAAGCCUGCCAAGCGCGGUCCGCCCGCUCUCAUCAAGUACUAUCUGGUCUUGUUCAACUUUGUCUCGUUCUUCGGUUGGGUCAUUGUAUUUUCGACUCUCGUCAAGCACCUCUCGUCGGGUCCUCAGCCGUACUCGGCUCCCGUCCAGUUUGCUGCCGACGUGCUGGCGCGCUUCCGUCUGGUCAAGAUCGGCAUCGUCAAGUCGUACGCGCACCUCUUCCCCGAGCGUAUCGCGCUGCUGCUCGAGCGCGCUUCCCAUUCGCACGCGUCGGUUGGCCCUGCCGUGGCGCUCGUCCAGUCGCUCGCCAUCCUCGAGGUGGUGCACGCCGCCAUUGGCUGGGUGCGAAGCCCCGUGGUCACCACUGCCAUCCAGGUCGCCUCGCGUCUGUUCAUGGUGUGGGGCGUCACCGAGCGCUUCUCGCAGGCCUGGUCCAGCCCGUUCUACGCCUCGAUGGUGCUCGCAUGGUCUAUCACCGAGUGCAUCCGCUACCCGUUCUAUGCCAACCAGCUACUGGGCGCUGAUGGCCCGGGUCUGCUCUGGGCGCGCUACACCACCUUCUACGUGCUCUACCCUAUCGGCGCCACUUCCGAAGCUCUGUGCAUCCUCGCUACGCUUCCCAAGACCUUGCAGCUGUCCGCCUGGGAUGCUCGCGCUUUGGUCUAUGCGGGUCUGUUUGCCAUCUGGUGGCCCGGUCUGUACGUCAUGUACACGUACAUGAUUAAGCAGCGUCGCAAGGUGCUCGGAAAAGGAUUCUGGGGUCACAAGCUCGUGCAGGAGGUGCGCGAGAAGUAUGAAAAGAAGCAGCAGUGA